UGGUCGCCGGUCAGCGCCGUCACUUUCUCAUAAAAGCCGCUGACGAGGUCACUUCCGGCGUUUCCUCGGACUGCGGGCGGUCAAGUUUGACAACGACGUCGGAAUAAUAUUUUAAACAUGUCUUAUUUGUUGUGGAAAUAAGGGCAAAGACCUCCAAGCAGCAGGAGGCAGCACAAGCAAGGGGCUCAACCGGAAGUCGUUCCUCGCAUGGGAGCGUCGACCCCGCUACAGAAUGAAUCCGCUGACCAAAGUGAAGCUCAUCAACGAGCUGAACGAGAGAGAGGCUCAUUUGGGAAUCAACGAGAAAGCUUCCUGGCACAGCGAGUACAAGGACAGCGCCUGGGUGUAUAUCGGAGGUUUUCCGUACGAGCUGUCCGAAGGUGACGUCAUCUGCGUCUUCUCUCAGUACGGCGAGAUCGUCAACAUCAACCUGGUGCGGGAGAAGAAGACCGGCAAGAGUAAAGGCUUCUGCUUCCUGUGCUACGAGGACCAGAGGAGCACCAUCUUGGCGGUGGACAACCUUAACGGCAUCAAGAUCAAAGGUCGCACCAUCCGCGUGGACCACGUCAGAGACUACCGCCCCCCCAAGGACGCGGAGGACAUCGAUGACGUCACCAAGCAUCUAAGGGAGGAAGGCUGCGCCCCCAAAGCGUCCCACUCUCCCUCCGCCUCCUCCUGUGAGGACGACGAGCAGGGCGUCGCCCCCGUGAAGAAGGCCAAAAAAGAUAAGAAAGAGAAGAAGAAGAAAAAGAAGGAGAAGAAGACAAAGAAAGAAAGACAGUCUCCUCCACCUCCUCCUCCUCCUCCUCCCGCCAUCCGAGUGAAAGAGGAGAAGGAGGACGGCGCCUACGACAAGUACAACCAGAGGAGGGCGCCGGCGGCAGCGGAACACAACGGGCAGAGAGGCAGCGACGCCAGGGAGGACGAGGACAGACGGAGAAGAGGAGGCGAGGACAGAAGAAGAGGCGACGAGGACGACCGAAGACGACGGAGGGGAGGAGACGAGGACAGGAAAAGAAGAGGAGGCGAGGACAGUGAUCGGAGGCGGGACGCGGACAGACACAGAAGGUGACACUUUGUGGGCGUGGCCACCGCAAUUUGAUUGACACGUGGACGUCUCAUCAUUCCUCAGUGGAUUAUGUUCGUUUUAUAGAAUGUUUGUCUUUUGAUAUGUUAUAGAAACUUAGUUUGAUUAAAGUCACUGUUGCAAAGUCACAAUUAUUGUCGUUCUAACACAGAGGUGUCAAACUUGUUUUCAUCAGAUGGCCACUUGUAACAGUAAAUAAUUCAUGAAUUUGCCUAUGAAUUUAAAUAU